CAUGUUUCCAGCUGUUGAAACGAGGUUUCACGCCAGGAUUUCAUUUAGGACAUGACAUUGAAAUAAACAUCUGUCCGAAGAGGCAGGAAUCAUUCUGAUGACGGGGCACCUACAGCUGGCAGGAUGCAGCAGAAAAGGAACAUCCAGAUCAUCGAGUGGGAGGACCUCGACAAAAGGAAGUUCUACUCUUUCGGGGUGUUCAUGACGAUGACCAUCCGGGCCACCGUCUACCCGGCCACGCUGAUCCGCACUCGGCUGCAGGUGCAGAGGGGGAAGUCACUCUACAGCGGCACAUUUGAUGCCUUCUUCAAGAUCCUGCGGGCGGAAGGUGUCCGAGGCCUUUACCGGGGCUUCAUGGUCAACACCUUCACGCUCAUCUCAGGCCAGGCGUACAUCACCACCUACGAGCUGGUGAGGAAGUACGUUUCCCAGUAUUCUGAGGACAAUACGGUGAAGUCGCUGGUGGCGGGCGGCUCGGCGUCGCUGGUCGCUCAGAGCAUCACUGUCCCCAUAGACGUUGUGUCUCAGCAGCUGAUGAUGCAGGGCCAAGGGCAGCACCUCACCCGCUUUCGGCUCGGUUCUGACACUGAGGGUGGAAAGCCUAAAAAGAAGGUGUUCGGCCAAACCAGGAACAUUAUGGCUCAGAUUUUUGCUGCUGACGGCUUCCGGGGCUUCUACAGGGGAUACGUGGCUUCGUUACUCACUUACAUCCCAAACAGUGCAGUCUGGUGGCCUUUCUAUCACUUUUAUGCUGAGCAACUCUCCAAAAUGGCUCCCAGUGACUGUCCUCAUCUGAUCCUACAAGCCAUGGCUGGACCUCUAGCUGCUGCCACUGCCUCAACUGUGACCAACCCGAUGGAUGUGGUCAGAGCCAGAGUACAGGUUGAAGGGAGGACCUCGGUCAUCGAGACGUUCAGGCAGCUGAUCAGAGAGGAGGGCGUCUGGGGUUUGACCAAAGGGCUGUCGGCACGCAUUAUUUCAUCCACGCCCACCGCCAUCGUCAUGGUGGUCGGCUACGAGACGCUAAAGAAACUGAGUUUGAGACCAGAGCUGGUGGAUUCGAGGCACUGGUAGAGAAAAAACCUCAACAGAGAAUUUAUGGACCACGUGCCAUUUUUAGCCCCUAAAUGAAAACACUGGAAGAAAGAAAGGGUUUGUUUUGAAUAUGUAUAAAACAGCCUAGGAAACAAUGUGGAGCAACUACUUUAUGUACAAGUUUAAAUCUGUAUUUUAACACUUAAACCAACGUAUUACGAACAAAGCGGCUCAUUAAAACCAGUGAGCAGGUUUGUAGUUUGUAUGUGUUGCUGCUGUUUAGUGCAUAUUAAGGUGGUGAAUGCAAUAUUGUGGAAGAUGCAGACAAGUUGAUGCAACCGGACUGAAUUUUCUAUAUACAUCGGGUCAUCAGAGCGUCAUUUCAGUGAAGAAAAUAAUCGCUGACAGAGCCAAGUGGUUACUGAAGGUACCUGCGUUGUCCUACCAAAGCCCAGAAGAGUUUUAAUCAGGUUUGAGAGGAACAACUGAAGACGACGCACUCACUCAUGAGCAGUAAACAAAUAUUUAUCCUCUUCCCUUCGCCAAACUCCAAGUCCGUUCUGCAGUUCCUUUCUGUUGGCCUUUUUUUAAAAUUUAAACGCUGCCUUCGUCGUAGAGAAAUCAAGGCAAACAAUCCGCUUUUUGUUCUUAAUUGCUAAAUGUUGCGUGAGAAGAACAGUAGUAGGUGUUAGAUGGCAGAUUUUAUGUUGAUUUAAAGUUGUCCUUAUACUUACAAAUUCCAUGCAACACAUUACACACAGGAUACAAUACUUUCUCUGCAGUUUGCUGACACACUAGUCUCUUUUUUUGGCAUUUUAGGAAACAUGUUAGUGUUUGAAGUAGUUUGAAAAAAAUGGCUGAUUUGGUUUGUUUGUAACUAACAAGACGGUGAGGAAGAUGUGACUUAUUUCCAUUUUGCUGGAACGGUGACUGAAGGGCAGUAAACAGGACUAAAACCGUUUCCCAUCUUGUGACAGUGUGUGUUUGAGUGCAAUAAUGUAAAUGUUUUAUCCUUUUCAGCACAAAAUGUGAUUGUAAAUUCCCGGUAAGUUGUGUAAAUAACAUGUCUUAAAAGAGCUUGUUUUAUCUAAUUUAUUUCUUUUUGUUCUGGGGACUUUCUUGAUUUCGUUUUGGGGGGAUCACGAGUGUCCAGACUUGCAAAAUUUCACAUUGUCUUGUUUAUUUGUGUUGCUUUUGUAUGAAUGUUUUAUUGACUCUUUAGGGAAGGUAAUCAAUAAAAACAAGAAAUUCUAUUUUUAGUAGUCAGAUAUGGCCGGUUUGUAGAAGCGGUCAUAUUUUUAUAUGAUUUAACACUAGCUGUUGUCACUUCUGUUGUUGACAUUUUUAACACAGGAAAAGCAUAAAUAUUACAGAUGGUUUUAGUUUGAGUGGAGACCAAUUCCUGAAUCUGAAAGUUCUUAUAGAUGAAGCCGUAGCUGCUCUUGUUUUCUGAUCUUAUUUGCUCAGGUCACGCUAAGAUGUGACCUGUUGAACUCUGAAACUAACUCAACUAAAACCUGCAGACGACACUCCUGAUUUUUCUCUGCACAGCUUUUACUUUCCCCCUCAUGUGUGAUUAUGUUGUCAGUGAGCAGUUUUCUGUUGUCGGUCAGAACUCCACUGUCAUGCAGAAUCCAUGUGGUUUGACGUCGUGUUGCUUCAGUGUGUCUUCAGGUCAAUAAAACAUCACAACUGCUAAACAAA